AUGACUGCGUUGCGAGGUGACAGCGUUUCCUUGGAGACAGUGGAUCCAUACAGCCCCAGCCAGGAUCUGGGCAGUUUCUCAGGUCUGACUACAAGCAAUCAAAAAUCCUGUAGGUUCUAUUCCUCCUGCUGCUCCAUCCAAAGUGAUACACUUUCUACUCCACCAGCUUUAUCACACAACGAAGGAAUCAUCAGGCUGAGCUGUGAUCCUGCGCUACCUUCCCCACUUCCUUCUGAUUCCUUCAAGUAUCUGAGCUGGUGUGACCUAGAAGAACAUGAUGUUCGAGGAAGUCAACUUCGUUGUCCCCGAGUGAGAGAAGGGCCUUCAAAAGAAGAGCUAUUUUUCAGAGGAGAAGAACAUGCUGUGAAAGAGAGAAAACAAGUAACUGACACGGAGAAGUGGCAAAAGAAACUGCAAGAGAACUGGGAAAACUGUGCUGAGCUGAACCUCUCAUUUCAGGACCUGGGUGAUCUUUACCAAGUGGAAAACUUCAACAGGAUUCUCCGAAGGUUAAUUCGGGUGGAAAAGCUUUGGCUGGUGGACAAUUCUUUGACUGACCUAAGUGCCAUAAGGUUGCCAAGAUGCAGAGAACUAAAUGUCAAUAAAAACCACUUUACAUCCUUCAAACAGCUGCCAAAGAUACCUCAGAUCCAGCACUUAUCACUUGCUGAAAAUAACAUUAUGACACUAAGUGGAAUAUCAGACUUCAGACAUACUCCCCUUGAAUCUCUUAUACUCAAGAGGAAUCCCUGUGAGUUUCAAGAAAGAUACAGACAACUUGUGUUCUCCAGCUUGCCAAAUCUGAAAACCCUGGAUGGUAUUCCCAAACUGCCAGAGGACUGUGCACCCCCAGAGAGCAGGGGGUUCCUCAGAAUGUGUACUAUACUCUAGCACUCUAUUUUUGUAGGAUCACAGCUGUGCUAGAGUCACCUCACUUAAAAGACACAACAAAUCCUCUUUAUGGGAGUUGCUAUUUUUCUUUCGUGAUCAACGAGAUGUAGAAGCAGAAAUAAAAUCCUUUUGAAUGUGUUUGUGAUACCACAGACUUCAAGUAAGUAUGGACAAGUGACAUGUAAAUAAGACGUAAUGUGUACUCUCAGUGUCAUGAGUUUGUUGUAUUAAAAAU